CUCGGUUCCUAAAAGCCAGCGUGAUUCGUCAGUCGAGGACUUACUGGUCACAAAAAUGCCUCUUACUUCAUGUUGUAAAUACGGCAUAGUCAAUUUGAAACUGCACGCCUAUUCUAUUGGCAGCAUGGAGAGAAUGGCUUGGUGUAAGCGAAUGCGAAAUGCAGAUCCUACAUCCCUGCACAUCGCGGUUGUGGCGUUCUUAGCCUAUAAGAUGACGGUGACACAUGUAAAUACAGAGAUUAUAAGAGACGACUGAGUGCUAUAGCAACAAGUGAUCAGAGAACAACGAAGUGCUGCUUUUGCAAUUUGAAUCUUUUCCGAAGCUACAAAUCUGGCGAGUCGCAACGUCCAAGUCUGCCAUGACCAUACAAACUAUCGCAAUUCACACCAUCAGUGUGUGCGUCGGUUGCCUAUCACUCACCAUACUUGGUCUGGUCGCAAAUGGUGUUGAACUGAAGGACCAACUCGAAUAUGCUGCACCUUCAGACUUGAGAAGUACUGGCUUGAGUUUGCUUUUCUGGCCUGCCUGCGGCGGCAUCGUAGACUGCUGCCUCUUCCUCUUCCUCUGGUUGAAAACCCCCCUCCAAGAUAGCGAACGCAAGAUCACAAAGAGAUACCUUAACGCGCUUCUCUUUGUAGCUUCUUUCUUCUUCUUACGGCCGCUGAUCGUGCUCAUAUACACCCCAGUCGAUCAUAGUGUGGAGGCAUGGGCAUGUGUAUUAUCGAAUCGCGGUAGGGAUGGCACUGCGGAGUCGCUUUGCAGAGAGUUACGAAGUGCGCGAUUCUUAUUGAUUCCGCUGUUCGUGCUGGGUGUGAUUUUCCUGGCGCUCGUUGCUUGGCUGAGGUUUGGAGGCUAUCUAAAACAAACUCAUUCAGAUAGUGACACGACGAGGAACACGAGGUCAAACGAUGUAGAGGUGUGAUAUUCGAUACAUGCAUUGAGCCUCAAAGUUCCCGUAGUCUGAAAACGCUAGACCUAAAUGGUGCUAGUGUGGAGCAUGUCUCCACGCGACAGAGCUCUGC